AAUGUAUAUUCCGGGCAUCUUUGAAUUUUCGUUUAUCUCUAAAGGAAUUACUCAGUCCAGGGCCUCCCGCCCCUGGCCGGCCCCCAUUUUGGGGCAGGCUGUUCUGGCCGGACUACGGCUCCCGGCGUGCAGCGCGCCGCCCCAGCGCCCGGAGGGAAGACUGCAUCUCCCAGGGUGCAAAGCGGCCCGGGGCCGGCCGCCGCGGUGGCUGGCCGAGGCCAGUGCUUGCUGGGAGUUGUGGUCCUCCAGCUCCGCACCAGGGCCGAGGGCCCGCCCGCCGCGAGCGGCGGCGCCCUCUGCCCUUUGCCCGUUCGGCGGUUCCCCCCGCCCCGCCAAGCCCCUCCCUUCCUGCCGCAGCUCAAGAUGGCGGCUGAGGUGGAUUUCGGGGACCGCGAGCUCUUCGAGCAGCUCGAGGAGGACGACGCGCCGCCGCCGCCGGCUCACCUCCGCUUCGAGGAGGAGGAGGAGGGAGCCGAGGGCGCCCUGGCGGAGCUGCGCGAGCGGCUGCGGGACUGCGAAGAGACGGUGCGGCGGCUCCGGGUGGAGAAUCAAGAACUUAAAAGGAAACUGAAUAUUCUGACUCGUCCUAGUGGAAUUUCAGUGGACAGCUCUAAAUAUGAUGGGCCUCUGUUACAGAUUUUAUUUAUGAACAAUGUCAUUUCAAAGCAAUAUCAUCAAGAAAUUGAAGAUUUUAUUUUUAAUUUAGUUCAGAAAUAUGAAGAGCAACAGAGAUCUGAACCAGAAAAAACCCACUUCAAUGUUAAGCCACAGCCCUCCAGUGUCCUUUUGGAAGAGGACUCUAAAGCAACAAACUCAAAUUCCAUUAAAAAAAUGAAGGAAGCCUUCAGUGUUGUAGGAAGUGUUCUAUAUUUUACCAAUUUUUGUCUUGAUAAACUGGGACAGCCUAUAUUAAAUGAGAAUCCACAGCUGACAGAAGGAUGGGAAAUACCUAAAUAUCAGCAAGUUUUCAGCCAGAUUCUCUCCCUAGAAGGACAAGAAAUACAAGUAAAACCAAAAAGGCCAAAACCUCAUUGUUUCAAUUGUGGUUCUGAAGACCAUCAAAUGAAAGACUGUCCAAAGCCACGAAAUGCUGCUCGUAUAAGUGAGAAGAGAAAGGAGUAUUUGGAAGCUUGUGGUGAAGCAAGCAAUCAGAAUUUUCAGCAGCGUUAUCAUGCAGAAGAAGUAGAAGAGAGAUUUGGAAAAUUUAAACCAGGAGUAAUUAGUGGAGAACUUCAAGAUGCACUUGGUGUCACAGAUAAGAGUCUUCCUCCGUUUAUAUAUCGCAUGCGUCAGCUGGGUUAUCCUCCAGGUUGGCUCAAAGAGGCUGAAAUGGAGCACUCAGGCCUUGCGCUUUAUGAUGGAAAAGAUGAUGGUGAAGCAGAAGGUGAAGGAUCCCAUCACCCAAAAUGUGUCACUUACGAUGUCUCUAAGUUGAUAAACUAUCCAGGCUUUAAUAUGUCUACUCCAAGUGGGAUCCCAGAUGAAUGGCGGAUAUUUGGUUCCAUACCCAUGCAGCCAUCUCAACAGAAGGAUGUUUUUGCUAACUACCUUUCUAAUUUUCAUGCGUCAAGUACAAAAUUAGGCAAUAAAAGGGCUGCAACACAGUCAAGCUCUCAUCGUUCAAAGCGACCAAAAGAAGACAACUUGGAGAUACCAGCAGCUGACAUGGACCUAGACUCUGAUCUGGAAGCAUCACAAAGAUCUCAAACUCAUAACAGUUUUCAGUUCCAACCUCCGCUGCCACCUGGGCCUCCAUCGAGUUCAACUCCCCCUCCUUUACCACGAGGGACACCUCCACUUACUCCACUAAAUUCUACACCACCUCAACCUCCAAUGCCCACUACCCCUCCUCUUCCUAGGACUACUCCAUCAUUGACUCUUUCCAGUGAUGUUUCUCAGCCAAAAAUAGUGGACUCAACCAUGGAUGAGGAUACUCUGACUUUAGAAGAGCUAGAGGAACAGCAGCGAUUAAUUUGGGCAGCACUAGAGCAGGCAGAAAGCACAAACAGUGACUCUGAUAUUCCUGUUGAUACACCUUUAACUGGAAGCUCUGUUACAUCAUCACCAUCUAGAAAUGAAGUAGAUCUUGUUGCAGAAGUAAGAUCAUCUGACAAGGUUAUUACAGUGGAAACCAAGUUUUCUGACAUUAGCACACAGGUACCAGGAAAUGAACAUUCUAAAACUAGUCCUAAUUCAGGGGACAGUUCAUUUAAUUUAAAGGAAAGUCCUGAUAAUGCAGAUUCUGAAGGCAUGCUGGAUAGCACCACCCCUGCUCCCAAAGCGGAGGUUACCAAUGGAGGAAAUACGGGUAUUAAUCAGGUGGUCACAAGCACUGAAUCAUCUGCAAAAAACUGCAGUCCUGUUCCUGACAUGAGCAAGUUUGCUGUGGGAAUAACACCAUUUGAAUUUGAAAAUAUGGCAGAAUCAACAGGUGUUUAUCUCCGCAUACGAAGUGUUUUAAAAAAUUCCCCUAGAAACCAGCAAAAGAAAAAGCCCUCCUCUUAACUGGUCUUCCUUUGUUCUGUUAUGUCCAAAUCCCUACACCAUUCUCUCUCCUCCUCCAGUUUUACAAAGUUAGAUAAUCUUCAUCCUUUCGUGGGAAGGAGAAACUUUGGAAAAAUACAGCUUUUCCUCUGGUCUUCCUUGGAUCUGUAGUCAGUGCAGGGCUUCAAUACUGACCAGACCAAUGCUGCCAGAAAAUAUACAAGAAUUUCCCAUAUCCUUCCACUAAGGAAUAACAAGACUUGUUGAUUUGUUAAGAACAAUUUAUUUGCCAAUACAUGAAACUCGAACAAGUUAUGGGUUGGUGUUCAUUACUUUGGCUAAGAUUUAUAUUGUCCUUGAGUUUCAGGUGGAUCCGUGAUUUUUUUUUUAAUCUGUUCUUUGUACAAUAACCUAUACUUUAUACAUUUUGCUAAUUAUCCUGUAGAUAAGUUUAAUAUAUUCAGAAUUUUUUAAAAAAGGUGAACGUAAAGAUUUCCCACAUCUAAAUCCUGGCAAUUGGAUGGAAGUAAUCAGGGACUACCAGCAUUAUCUUCACCAUUUCAAAUAUUUUUAUAAAUUAUUUAUGUGGGUCAAUUUUAAGUAACACUAUAUCUUUUGUAACAUCUCCCUUCAUGUAGACUUACUGUACAUACCUGUUCAUUUUUGUGUACAGAGGUUUAAUAAAUGAGUUUUUAUAAAAAGAUUUUUAAUUGGAGUCCUAAACCAUCAAAAUGCUGAUUUUUGGAAAAUAGCUGUUGAAGAUAAUUAGAAAAACAAGCUGAUUAAAGUGAAGAUGAACAAUGAUGAAUAUUUUAGGAAAGGUCACAACUUGUGUUUUUAGUUUUUAUGAUCAAGAAAUUAUUAAAAUUAUUUUAGCUACUUCAAAAAGCCACUGUGUCAUUCAGUUUUCAUAAUCUGGAGAAUGCAGUCUCCUCAGAGGACACACCUGGAAGUGUUAUAAUUGUGCUUAUUGUUCUAACCUUUUUUUCCUCUUUAAUUCUCUCCAUGAAGGACCUACUGGUGGAAUGACUGUAUAUUAUUUGCGUUGCCAGCAGAGGGAGAUCUAGAUUGCCUUAACAGUAUUCAUUGGAACCAAUAAAGCAUUUGUCCUGUGUAAAUGCAGGAAAAAGUCUUUCUAGGCAAGUGAGAUACCUGACAAUACUAUACUGUGUAUCUAAGAAAAUACUUGUGAGGGGGAUCUUCAAGGGUGUUUUUUUUUUUUUUUUUUUUUUUGAGCAACUUAAGAGACUGAGCUAUUCUUUAGAAACCUCAGCUUUGUAGAUAAUAGGCAGAUAUUUCUUCCUCAUAACGUGUGGGAUCAGUAUACUCUGCAUUUGAGCACUUAAACAUUUUUUAAUUUUAGUUAAAGCUUUUAUUUGUUUCUUAUUCUAAAUUUUCUGGGAGGGGGAAAAAACAAAAUGGUUCUUCUAUAUAAAAAAAUGCUUUAAAAUUUGUUUAUAAGCAUGUACUAGUUCAGUUUCUUUACACGUAGAAAGCAGUGAUCAGAGUAAAGUGUUCAUCAUAAGUACUAAAACAAAUAGCUUUUUUAUUUCAUCCUUUUUAGGAUAAAUUAAGGGUAUUGAUUUUUGUAUCAAGGAAGGAUAGUGAAAUUGUACAUAGCUUCCAGUUUCUACCCAUUUGACAAGAACAAAACUCCACUGGGAAGCACAUAAAACCUUGUGGUUUCUCCAUGCUUCCUCCCCCUAGAAGUUAAAAACUAGUAACCACAAUUUACAUAACCCAUUAUGUGCUGUGCUACAUCAUUCACACGUGGAUGAUAAUGUGAGGCAAGACAUGAAGUAAUGGUUUAAAGUGUACACACCUUCUGGGUGUGGUGAGGUAAUCACGUUUUAAACAUGAAGUUUUCUCCACACCCUAGAAGACUUUUUUACAGCUGUUAUGAAAUGCUGCUUCUUUAGUAGAACACAUGACCUAAACUUUACAGAAAUACUUUCAUACUUUUGCUUUCUCACACCCCGAGAUUAAAGUUGUCCUUAUAUUAACACUGUAAUUAGCUCUGUUGUUCACAAGACAAUCAUAAUAAAUCACCUUCUACUUAACUGAUCAGAUGAAUCUUCUAAAUUUCUACAAGUUCUCAGACUUGCAGCUAACACAACUAUUAAUUUUAUUGCUUUCAAGAUUUGUUUUAAAUGUACUGGAAUAAAGUGAAGUCAUUUAAGCAACCCAGGCUUUAAUCUAAUGCUAAAUUCUAAUCUGAAUAUGCUUUAUUUACUUUAUAAAACUCUUAACUGCAGUUGUUCAGUAGCAUUUUUUUAAUCACUCUGGCCAUUCUUACAGUUGCUGCACAGAAACUACUUAGAUAUGUAUUAUUUUAACUUUUGGAAAAAAAUGCUGGUGUCUGAAGCAAAUACUACAGUCAGGGCUCAGGGAGAGAAUGGAGAAUGCUUGGGGCCAACUUUUAUAUCCACUGGAAUUUUUGACCAGAGUGACUGGUUGUUUAAAUUAGGAAAUGAUUUUGUUCUCCAUCUGUAAUUUGGUGCAAUUGGUUGGCUACAGCCCAUGCUGUCAUACCUGUGUACACCCUUGAAUUAAAAUUCCCACAGUUUGGAUAGUUCUGGUUUAACAAUGUUAUUUUAUAAUGUAUUGAAAGACUUCAUGUUUUUGUAAAUACUGAGUUGUCUGUGUGCUUGGAAUUAUUUUUUAUAUUGCUUUUUUCUCUUUUUGCAAAACUGCACUGUUAGCAGAUGAUCUGUCUUACCUGCAUAUACCUGUUGAGAGUAUCAUUUGAUACCAGUACUCAUUAUUUUUUAAUGAGAUCAAUGUAAUAAAAAAGAUGGUACAAGUA